AUGUUACUCCUGAUUUUGUUGCCCUUAAUUGGGGCUCAAAACCCGUAUGGGCCUUCACAACUCGACCAAUACGCCCGAUUGCUUAAUUCCGGUAAUUUGGGAGGUUUUGGAUUUAUCCAAAACGCUCUGGCUCAAGGGACCGUACGAGGCCUCGGUGAUUUGAACCCACCUCCUUUGUUAGCUGGGUUACCACCGCUUCCGUUGACCUACGAUGAAGUUAUGAAACAACUGACCUCAACUUCACCACCUCCAACAACUCGUGCCACAGCUAUACCGACCACACCUUCGUCGAACCCUGGAGGUGUCUAUGCUGUCAAUAACUUG